AUGUGGAGAAUAACUGGCAAAGAAAGGGGGAGGCACUCGCGGUCUCACUGAAAAAAAAGAAAAGAAAUCUGCCGCUUGAGCGGUAGAACCUCAAGUAUCACAGCCAAGGACUGUGAGGCUCAGAAGACGGAGAGGCACGCGAUGUCUUGCGGAAACAGGUAUUUCUCUGCUGUGCAUCAAUUGAAGAAAUUGUCAUCGAAAACCAUGGUUACUUCGUUUAACUUGGACAUACCGAUAAACAGCCAACAUUCCUAGUCAUCUGCCACAGACGGAUAUUAUGAUCGUGCUGCCGAAACCGCUGGCAUGAAGUGGAAUAUGACACGCUUUAAAAUGAAUUCAAUCCUUCUAUUAUUUUUCCCAACGGUAUUUUUUGAUAGGUAUGUGUUCUCGAAUAACCUAUACGAAAGGUCACUGAUGCCCAGAUCCGUGUCUCGCUCCGUUGCCAGAAUGGACGGGGAUAUAAUCAUCGGAGCCCUUUUUUCCGUACAUCAUCAACCCUCCGCUGAGAAGGUUGCCGAAAGAAAAUGCGGAGAGGUCAGGGAACAGUAUGGCAUUCAAAGGGUGGAAGCGAUGUUUCACACUCUGGACCGCAUCAAUGCUGACCCCAACCUUCUCCCCAACAUCAGUUUGGGGUGUGAGAUUAGGGACUCGUGCUGGCACUCCUCUGUGGCUUUGGAGCAAAGUAUCGAGUUUAUAAGGGAUUCUCUUAUUUCCAUACGGGACGAUAAGGAUGGGUCCAAGUGGUGCAUUGAUGGAACACCUUCGAAUCAACCCCCAACAACCAAGAAACCAAUCGCUGGUGUUAUUGGACCAGGCUCGAGUUCGGUGGCAAUUCAGGUUCAAAACUUAUUACAGCUGUUCAACAUUCCCCAGAUAGCCUACUCAGCAACCAGUAUUGACCUAAGUGACAAAACGCUCUUCAAGUAUUUCCUUAGAGUUGUGCCAUCGGACACUCUACAAGCCAGGGCCCUUCUGGACAUAGUCAAACGUUACAACUGGACGUACGUGUCUGCAGUCCAUACCGAGGGAAACUAUGGAGAGAGUGGGAUGGAGGCCUUCAAGGAGCUGGCCUCACAGGAAGGCCUGUGCAUCGCCCAUUCAGAUAAAAUCUACAGCAACGCCGGGGAGAAGCACUUCGACCGCUUGCUGAGGAAGCUGAGGGAGCGGCUGCCCAAGGCCCGGGUGGUGGUCUGCUUCUGUGAGGGCAUGACGGUGCGCGGCCUCCUCAUGGCCAUGAGGCGGCUGGGAGUGGCCGGGGAGUUCCUGCUGAUCGGCAGUGAUGGCUGGGCAGACAGAGACGAGGUGGUGGAGGGCUACGAGCAGGAGGCCGAGGGCGGCAUCACCAUGAAGCUGCAGUCGGCUGAAGUCACGUCCUUCGACGACUACUUCCUGAAGCUGCGGCUGGACACCAACACGCGGAACCCGUGGUUCGCCGAGUUCUGGCAGUACCGAUUUCAGUGUCGCAUCCCAGGACACCCCAUGGAGAACACCAACUACAAGAAGAUCUGCUCAGGCAAUGAGAGUCUGGAGGACAACUAUGUGCAGGACAGCAAGAUGGGCUUCGUCAUCAACGCUAUCUACGCCAUGGCCCACGGGCUGCACGACAUGCACCGCGAGCUGUGUCUCGGGCACGUCGGGCUCUGUGACGCCAUGGAUCCCAUCGAUGGCAGCAAGCUGCUCGACUUCCUGCUCAAGACUUCCUUCACCGGGGUGUCUGGGGAGGAGGUGUAUUUCGAUGAAAACGGAGACACACCUGGCAGGUAUGACAUCAUGAACCUGCAGUAUGUGGAGGGCGGUCACUACGACUACAUCCAUGUGGGCACCUGGCACGAGGGCGUCCUCAGCAUCGACGACUAUAAGAUCCAGAUGAACCGGACCGAGAUGGUGCGCUCUGUGUGCAGCGAGCCCUGCUCCAAGGGCCAGAUUAAGGUGAUCAGGAAAGGAGAGGUGAGCUGCUGCUGGAUUUGCACCACCUGCAAGGACAACGAGUACGUCCAGGACGAGUUUACCUGCAAGGCGUGUGAGCUGGGCUGGUGGCCUGACGAAGAGCUGGCAGGUUGUCAGCCGAUCCCCCUGAGGUACCUGGAGUGGAGCAAUGCAGAAUCCAUCGUGGCCGUGGUCUUCUCCUGCCUGGGAAUCCUGGUGACCAUGUUCGUCACCUUCAUCUUCGUGCUGUACAGGGACACGCCUGUGGUGAAGUCCUCCAGCCGCGAGCUCUGCUACAUCAUCCUGGCGGGCAUCUUCCUGGGCUACAUCUGCCCGUUCACUCUCAUCGCCAGGCCCACCGUGACCUCCUGCUACCUGCAGCGCCUCCUGGUGGGCCUGUCCUCCGCCAUGUGCUACUCCGCCCUGGUGACCAAGACCAAUCGGAUCGCCAGGAUACUUGCCGGCAGCAAGAAGAAGAUCUGCACCAGGAAGCCCCGCUUCAUGAGCGCCUGGGCCCAGGUGGUCAUCGCCUCCAUCCUGGUCAGCGUCCAGCUCACCCUGGAGGUCACCCUGAUCAUCCUGGAGCCCCCCGAGCCCAUCAAGUCCUACCCCAGCAUCAGGGAGGUCUUCCUGAUCUGCAACACCAGCAACAUCGGGGUGGUGGCUCCCCUCGGCUACAACGGCCUGCUCAUCAUGAGCUGCACGUACUACGCCUUCAAGACCAGGAACGUCCCGGCCAACUUCAACGAGGCCAAGUACAUCGCCUUCACCAUGUACACCACCUGCAUCAUCUGGCUGGCCUUCGUGCCCAUCUACUUUGGCAGCAACUACAAGAUCAUCACCACCUCCUUCUCCGUGAGCCUGAGUGUGACUGUGGCUCUAGGGUGCAUGUUCACCCCUAAGAUGUACAUCAUCAUAGCCAAGCCGGAGCGCAAUGUACGCAGCGCCUUCACGACCUCCGACGUGGUGCGCAUGCACGUUGGCGAUGGAAAAAUGGCCUGCAGGAGCAACAGCUUGCUCAACAUGUUCAGGAGAAAGAAGAACGUGCCUGGGAACACCAAUUCUAAUGGAAAGUCUGUGUCAUGGUCUGAACCAGGUGCAAGACAGCCACCGAAGGGGGAGCACAUGUGGCACAGACUGUCUGUGCAUGUGAAGAGACAGGAAGCCGGCUCGAAUCAGACGGCAGUCAUCAAACCCCUAACUAAAAGCUACCACAACACAGGCCUGAACUUCUCUGACCUCAGCACCAAGACUUUGUAUAAUGUAGCGGAGGAGGACGAGGGCGAUCCUAUUAGGUACAACCCGCCCGAAAGCCCCUCCAUGAUAGUUCACAGGCAGCUGCUUGCUGCUGGGCCAAUGAAGGAAGGGGAGGAGUCGCAGAUGUACCCGCCCGAGCACUUGCGCAACAGCGGCCUCCCCCAGCACAUCAUAAUGGACCACCUCCAAGAGGUGGCGGACAAGUUUGACCCCAGUGGCGCGGACCUGGAUGAUAUGAUUUCCCUGCCAGCCCCCGGGAAUGGGGUGAGGUCCAUCUACCAGCCCCACCUCAUCCAGCAGCAGGUCCUUCCCCUGCAGAUGGCCCCUUUUUCGGAUGACCCCGCCUCUCCCGUGGAGGAGGUGGAGGAUGAGCACUUCAACCUGAUUCACGGCUACAUGUAUGACAACGCCCAGAUCCAUGAGGAGGAGGAGGAGGAGGAGGAGGAGGAGGAGAUGGCUCAACCCAAGCUCUCUCUGGAGGACUCCCCCGCCCUCACUCCUCCAUCCCCCUUCAGAGAUUCUGUGGGCUCGGGCAGCUCUGUCCACAGCUCCCCUGUGUCUGAAUCCGUGUUGUGCACGCCACCGAGCGUAACCUAUGCGUCCGUCAUCCUGCGGGACUAUAAGCAAAGCUCUUCUACACUGUGAGAGCAUCCAGCAAACUUGAGAUCAUAACGUUAUGGACAGUUUGGGGGGGUUUUUUGUCUAUUUGGUUUUAUUUUAAAGACAACUGAGGCAAAAAAGCUAGUGGAAUGUCCCAUAGUAGUCAUUUUUUUCAAAAUCUGUUCACUUGCCUACUUCUGUACACUUUAAAAUAUAGGAUCAACCAGACCUUCUAGAUUGUGUGCCAAGCAUAUGAACUGAAAAGCACAAUACAGGCUGUUGAAAGUGUGUUUUUGUAUUUAAGUAUUAAAGACAGUAGAGGAGAGCACUCGUCAUGCUGAAGAUACCAUUGUACUUUUGCUGAGAUGUGCCGUGAGAUGACUGGCUCAAACUAAAAACCUAUGACUGCACGGACAUCUUCAUGUGACGAGAGCAAGCAGCAAAUUAAAAAAACAAAAAACCUGGCCAUUACAAAGGAACAACUUAUGUACAGCUAAUAUCUGUAGCAGGCGCAUGAAGAUCAAAAAUGUUGCUGACAUCACCAAGAGGCCCUGCACUGAGAACUAUGGUCGCAGUGUUUUAAUGUACUUUUAGUAUGUAUUUCAGGAAAUUCAAAUGCUUGCAGAUCAAUACCCUCAUUUGUCAGAUAUUCCCAACAACAUCAACCAGAAGUUUCAAAUGUAUGAUUUAUUUACAAAAUUAAUAAACUACACACAGUGUCCCGCAGAGUGGAAUUUUCCAAGAUUAUGAACAGUUGUAACACAGAUGCUGUCUUAGCAUUUGCAAUUACUGUUUUCAAAUGCAUAUGAAUUUAAAGGGACUGAUAUCUACCCAUUUAUUUCACAAAUUAUGAAGUUAUUUUGAACUAUUAUGACCAGGUUUCCAAUCAGAUAAAAUGUGAGGUUGCUAAAAUCUGAGCUUGAUUGUACUUCUAUGGCAUACUGUAGUGGAAAGGCAUAUUUUUUUAAUUGCCAGUGUGAUAAAACUGAACAUACGUAUUCUAUGUAAAAAUAUUUUCUUGUUCCUGGAGUCUCUUUGUCACUGUAGUAAUGGUACAUUUUCAAAGUUUGUAUUCCGCUAAACC